UUUGUCCUUCCACAGUCCAAUAGAAGUUCAAAAAGAAAAUGGAGGCCAUAACAAAAUAUGGAUCUUAUUUUAACGUUCGUUUCCUUAGUCGUUUAUGUUGGCGGCUAAACUUGUCCUCUUCCUACCACUACCCUCUUCUUAAAUCAUCACUGUCAUUCUCUAGAUUUCAAUCUCCCAAAAAGUUGUGCCUAGUUCGAGCAACGACGAAUCCUACAGAUGAUAACUCGACGACUCGUUCAUUUACUCCACAUCCACCAAGUCUAUGGGGUCAUCACUUUCUCUCUGCUUCCGUGAAUCAAACGGAAAUGGAUGAUCUUUGGAGACAGAUCGAGGCACUUAAACCUAUAGUGAAUGCCAUGCUGCUUCCUUGUAACGGUGCUGAUGCAAAGAAGAUAACUUGUUUCAUCCAUACGCUUGUUAGUCUGGGAGUCUCUUACCAUUUUGAGGAAAAGAUUGUUGAGUUCCUGAAGGACGCUUUCGAGAAUAUCGAGGACAUGAUCAUCGAUUGCAAGGAAGAUGAUCUCUACACGGUUUCUAUUAUAUUCCGGGUUUUCAGAUUAUAUGGUCAUUACAUAACUCCAGAUAUAUUCAACAGGUUUAAAGGAGACGAUGGAAAUUUUAAGAAAUGUCUGAAUGAUGAUGUAAGAGGUAUGCUAAGCUUCUAUGAAGCGUCACACUUUGGGACAACGACAGAAGAUAUCCUUGAAGAAGCAAUGAGUUUCACACAAAAACACUUGGAGUUAUUUUUGGUAGGCGAGAAAGCCAAACAUUAUCCACACAUCACCAAGCUCAUACAAGCUGCUCUUUAUAUACCUCAGAAUUUCAAUUUGGAAAUAUUGGUGGCAAGGGAAUAUAUUGACUUCUACGAACUAGAGACUGAUCACAAUGAAAUGUUACUAAAGUUGGCCAAACUCAACUUUAGGUUCCUCCAGCUGCAAUACAUUCAAGAUCUGAAAACACUAACCACAUGGUGGAAGGAGCUAGAUUUAGUAUCUAAGAUACCAGUUUACUUCAGAGAGAGAUUGGCAGAGCCUUAUUUCUGGGCGACUGGGAUUUAUUACGAGCCACAAUAUUCAGCUGCACGAAUCAUGCUGGCCAAAUCCAUCAUUUUAGUGGACAUUGUGGACAACACUUUUGAUGUAUAUGGUACUAUUGAUGAAGUUAAGAGCCUCGUUCAAGCCAUUGAAAGGUGGGACUCCGACGCCGUAGAUGUCCUACCGGACUAUCUCAAAGUCGUCUUCAGAACAACGUUUGACUUGUUUAAAGAACUCGAAGAAUAUGUGAGCUCUGAAGCAAGAUCUUUUACUAUGCAAUACGCGUAUGAGCAGCUAAGGAUACUCAUGAAAGGAUACCUGCAAGAAGCCGAAUGGUCAAAUAGAGGGCACCUGCCAAGCCAUGAAGAAUACAUAGAGGUCGGGGUAGCUUCGACCGCAGGUGAAGUGCUGCUAGCAAUGACCUUCAUCCCUAUGGGAGAUGCUGCAGGAGUCGGAGUUUAUGAAUGGCUGAGGUCAAGACCAAAACUGACCCAUGCUCUUUUUGUGAAAUCUCGUCUCAGAGAUGAUAUUGCUACCUAUAAGGAGGAGAUGAAGAGAGGAGAUGUUUGUAAUGGGAUCAACUGUUAUACGAAGCAACACAAAGUAAGUGAGGAAGAAGCGUGUAUUGAGUUUGAGAAAAAGACUAAUCACAUGUCUAAGGUCAUGAACGAAGAGUUCUUGAAGGCAGCCAAAUUUAUACCGCUUCAUAUUCUAAGGCCUGUUUUGAAUUACGGACGCUUAGCAGAUGUGUGCUAUAAGUAUGGAGAUGGGUACACCUUCGCUGGAGAGAAGAUCAAAGAUUAUAUCACCUCUUUGUAUGUCGAUCUCAUCACUCUUUAAGAGUCUUCAGAGUUUGGGAUCACGUGAAUGGCCAAGCCAAAUUUGUAUCCGCAGCCGCAACCCAAAAAUAAGUUGUUUCAGUUUAAGUUGUCUUUGUUUUCUUGGUUGUUAGUCUGUCUUGAAAACCAUCUUUUAAUCAGUAAUAAAGCUUGUCAUUAGACUAUCAAAACUAACAAU